GCCCCGCUGUCCGGCGCAGUCUCGGCGACUACCCCAGGCGGCCUGGCGCACGCGAGGAUUCGCCGCGCCCCAGAGGAUGGUGCCUCCCCUCCUUAGCAGCCGACCGACAGUGCGCGCCGCGGCCGCCGGAAGUGACACCGCCUGUCGUUGGGGAGCUGCCGCCCCUUCCGCCUCGGCGCCCCGCCCAGGCCUCGCCCCUAGGUGUUCCCGCCCCUCCCCCUCCCGUGUCGCUCGCUUUCUGUCAGCCUCUCUCCCUCUCCCUCUCCCCUCUCCUUCCUCUCGCUUCCUCUCUCGCACCUGAGCGUACGCACCUGCCCGGGCCCGGCUCCCUCCUCCUCUCCCCUCCCUCUUUCCCCGCCCGGCCGCGGGAGCCUCGUGGCUGCGUCACCGCCGCCCCCCCAGACAAGAUGGACACCGCGGAGGAAGACAUAUGUAGAGUGUGUCGGUCGGAAGGAACACCUGAGAAACCGCUUUAUCAUCCUUGUGUAUGUACUGGCAGUAUUAAGUUUAUCCAUCAAGAAUGCUUAGUUCAAUGGCUGAAACACAGUCGAAAAGAAUACUGUGAAUUAUGCAAGCACAGAUUUGCUUUUACACCAAUUUAUUCUCCAGAUAUGCCUUCACGGCUUCCAAUUCAAGACAUAUUUGCUGGACUGGUUACAAGUAUUGGCACUGCAAUACGAUAUUGGUUUCAUUAUACACUUGUGGCCUUUGCAUGGUUGGGAGUUGUUCCUCUUACAGCAUGCCGCAUCUACAAGUGUUUGUUUACUGGCUCCGUGAGCUCACUACUGACACUGCCAUUAGAUAUGCUGUCAACGGAAAAUUUGUUGGCAGAUUGUUUGCAGGGUUGUUUUGUGGUGACGUGCACACUGUGUGCAUUCAUCAGCCUGGUGUGGUUGAGAGAGCAGAUAGUCCAUGGGGGAGCACCAAUUUGGUUGGAGCAUGCUGCCCCACCCUUCAAUGCUGCGGGGCAUCACCAAAAUGAGGCUCCAGCAGGAGGAAAUGGUGCAGAAAAUGUUGCUGCUGAUCAGCCUGCUAACCCACCAGCUGAGAACGCAGUGGUGGGGGAAAACCCUGAUGCCCAGGAUGACCAGGCAGAAGAGGAGGAGGAGGACAAUGAGGAGGAAGAUGACGCUGGUGUGGAAGAUGCGGCAGAUGCUAAUAAUGGAGCCCAGGAUGACAUGAAUUGGAAUGCUUUAGAAUGGGACCGAGCUGCUGAAGAGCUUACAUGGGAAAGAAUGCUAGGACUUGAUGGAUCACUAGUUUUUCUGGAACAUGUCUUCUGGGUGGUAUCUUUAAAUACACUGUUCAUUCUUGUUUUUGCAUUUUGCCCUUACCAUAUUGGUCAUUUCUCCCUUGUUGGUUUGGGAUUUGAAGAACACGUCCAAGCAUCUCAUUUUGAAGGCCUAAUCACAACCAUAGUUGGGUAUAUACUUUUAGCAAUAACACUGAUAAUUUGUCAUGGCUUGGCAACUCUUGUGAAAUUUCAUAGAUCUCGUCGCUUACUGGGAGUCUGCUAUAUUGUUGUUAAGGUCUCUUUGUUAGUGGUGGUAGAAAUUGGAGUAUUCCCUCUCAUUUGUGGUUGGUGGCUGGAUAUCUGUUCCUUGGAAAUGUUUGAUGCUACUCUGAAAGAUCGAGAACUGAGCUUUCAGUCGGCUCCAGGUACUACCAUGUUUCUGCAUUGGCUAGUGGGAAUGGUAUAUGUCUUCUACUUUGCCUCCUUCAUUCUACUACUGAGAGAGGUACUUCGACCUGGUGUCCUAUGGUUUCUAAGGAAUUUGAAUGAUCCAGAUUUCAAUCCAGUACAGGAAAUGAUCCAUUUGCCAAUAUAUAGGCAUCUCCGAAGAUUUAUUUUGUCAGUGAUUGUCUUUGGCUCCAUUGUCCUCCUGAUGCUUUGGCUUCCUAUACGUAUAAUUAAGAGUGUGCUGCCUAAUUUUCUUCCAUACAAUGUCAUGCUCUAUAGUGAUGCUCCAGUGAGUGAACUGUCCCUCGAGCUGCUUCUGCUUCAGGUUGUCUUACCAGCAUUACUCGAACAGGGACACACGAGGCAGUGGCUGAAGGGGCUGGUGCGAGCGUGGACUGUGACCGCCGGAUACUUGCUGGAUCUUCAUUCUUAUUUAUUGGGAGACCAGGAAGAAAAUGAAAACAGUGCAAAUCAACAAGUUAACAAUAAUCAGCAUGCUCGAAAUAACAACGCUAUUCCUGUGGUGGGAGAAGGCCUUCAUGCAGCCCACCAAGCUAUACUCCAGCAGGGAGGGCCUGUUGGCUUUCAGCCUUACCGCCGACCUUUAAAUUUUCCACUCAGGAUAUUUCUGUUGAUUGUCUUCAUGUGUAUAACAUUACUGAUUGCCAGCCUCAUCUGCCUUACUUUACCAGUAUUUGCUGGCCGUUGGUUAAUGUCAUUUUGGACGGGGACUGCCAAAAUCCAUGAGCUCUACACAGCUGCUUGUGGUCUCUAUGUUUGCUGGCUAACCAUAAGGGCUGUGACGGUGAUGGUGGCAUGGAUGCCUCAGGGACGCAGAGUGAUCUUCCAGAAGGUUAAAGAGUGGUCUCUCAUGAUCAUGAAGACUUUGAUAGUUGCGGUGCUGUUGGCUGGAGUUGUCCCUCUCCUUCUGGGGCUCCUGUUUGAGCUGGUCAUUGUUGCUCCCCUGAGGGUUCCCUUGGAUCAGACUCCUCUUUUUUAUCCAUGGCAGGACUGGGCACUUGGAGUCCUGCAUGCCAAAAUCAUUGCAGCUAUAACAUUGAUGGGUCCUCAGUGGUGGUUGAAAACUGUAAUUGAACAGGUUUACGCAAAUGGCAUCCGGAACAUUGACCUUCACUAUAUUGUUCGUAAACUGGCAGCUCCAGUGAUCUCUGUGCUGUUGCUUUCCCUGUGUGUACCUUAUGUCAUAGCUUCUGGUGUUGUUCCUUUACUAGGUGUUACUGCGGAAAUGCAAAACUUAGUCCAUCGGCGGAUUUAUCCAUUUUUACUGAUGGUCGUGGUAUUGAUGGCAAUUUUGUCCUUCCAAGUCCGCCAGUUUAAGCGCCUUUAUGAACAUAUUAAAAAUGACAAGUACCUUGUGGGUCAACGACUCGUGAACUACGAACGGAAAUCUGGCAAACAAGGCUCAUCUCCACCACCUCCACAGUCAUCCCAAGAAUAAAGUAGUUGUCUCAACAACUUGACCUUCCCCUUUACAUGUCCUUUUUUGUGGACUUCUCUCUUUGGAGAUUUUUCCCAGUGAUCUCUCAGCGUUGUUUUUAAGUUAAAUGUAUUUGACUUGUGUUCUCAGCAUUCAGAGAGCAGCAGUGUAAGGUUCUGCUGUUCUCCCUGGAUCUUCUGACAUUACUGCUGUCUGAGAUUUGUAUAUGUGUAAAUACAAGUUCCUUGAUACCCUAAAACCUUGGAUUAAACAGAAUGUGCAUUGUACAUCUUUAAACAAAAUGUAUAUUAAUUUAUUAAAUCUAGUUGUCACUUUA